GCGCGCGAGUGCGUGACACUGGCGUGCCGUGCCGUGCCGUGCCGUGUGCGUGCGGAGGUGCUGUGCGUCGCGCGAUCGGAGACGCCGUGCCGUGGCUUUCCUUUCGGAGCGGGUCCUUGGCGAGAGCGCCGCGUGGUGUACGCGCACCUCGAGUCAGCCGUUCUUCCGGGAGUUCCGGGUCGAAUCGGGCUGCGGUUGAAUCUAGAGGGUGUCCUGGACAUCGCGCGCGCGCCCAGUUGCUCCUCUCGAUGACAGCUCCCUCGACCUUCCCCCCAGUUGAUUGCACUAGUAGACCAGUAUCGGUUGAUACGUCGCGAGGUAAUCGCUAUGGAUCAGGAGGACAUUCUGACGAUACUGAAGAUCCUCAUGAUCGGCGAGUCUAACGUGGGGAAAUCGAGCAUACUCCUGAGGUUCACCGAGGACGAGUUCUACGAGAACAUGCAGAGCACGGUCGGCAUGGACUACAAGACCAAGCAGGUCACCAUCGACGGCAACGUGGUGAAACUCGCGAUUUGGGACACCGCCGGCCAGGAGCGAUUUCGCACCUUAACGCCGAGUUAUUACAGAGACGGCCAGGGCGCGAUCUUGAUGUACGACGUCACGGACCGCAAUACCUUCGUCAAGCUGGAGACGUGGCUCAACGAGCUGAAUACGUACUGCAAUAAAACCGACAUCGUCAAGAUGGUGGUGGGCAACAAGAUAGACCUGCCGAAUAGAGAAGUGAGCACCGAGGAGGGCCUGCAGUUCGCCAGGAGGCACCAGACCCUGUACAUCGAGAGCAGCGCGAAAACGGCGGACGGCGUGAAGUGUUGCUUUGAGGAGCUCGUGCAAAAGAUAAUACAAACGCCCGGCCUUUGGGACAGUCAUUCCUUGCGAUUGUACGACAAUGGUACCAUGGGUGGCGCGAGGCAUCGGAUGGGAAAGCGAGGAAUGCAGCUGAGCAACGACCAUCAACCGCAGGACACGUACUCAAGUUGUUAUUGCAGUCUGCUGUAAUCAACUGUGACGAACAAGUGCGUGGGUUUGCGACGAUGGUGUACGGUGUGUUUGAAGAUCCGACAUAGGAAGUAGAGUGUAAUGUGGAGAGGGUCAACGAGUCACCACUUCAUGUUGUGUAUUAAGAUUGUACGAAACCCAUUCAAAAAAGAGGCACGCGCGCACGUCUAAAUGUACAAACUGUCGUUAAACGUUAAUCGAAUCUGGCAUAGAGAUCUACGAUGUUGAGCAAAAUUUUGUGUUCGUGUAAAUACAUGGUUUACGAAUACUAAGGGAAACGCCCGUAGAGCACUCGAUGAGACACUCGCGUAGACGGUAGUCGGUCACGUUUUUGUACAAGUGAAUUCGAACAUUUUUAUAGUCCUCUUUCGAUUGUGUUUGUCGUUUUAUAUUUUGCACAGUACGUGCGCUUGACGCAUAUCGUUGUUACAUCUGGAAAACAAAUGUGUAUUAUACUGUAUAAAUAUAUUUAAGGAUGUUGUUUCUUUAAUUUGUCGAUUAUGCGCUAAUAUCUAGGUGCUACAGUAUGCAUGCUUGUCGAGGAAUGUAUACUGCGCCGAGAGAGCGGCGAGUAUAUAUUUCACAAAGAUUUCAAUACGGCUAUACACGGUAGUGAUAUACAGCGUAUUCUAGAGUUUGUGUACACAGAAUGCGCAACGUGCUUUUCUGCCAGAAGAGACAACUGUUUCUCGCUGAUAAAAUGGCGUACGAGCAACAAUUCUUAAGCGAACGAUCCGACACUGAUGUAUGAACGCUCUAAAUUACCAACGAAUCGAAGAUGACGUGUGUUGUACAUGCUAUUUUAUUAUUUCUCUAAAAGUCUUAUAAAAUCGUGAAGGGCAUGUAAGAGAUUUCAUUGUCGCCGUUUUUCGGUGAUGCUGAUUGAUUUUCUCGCUUGGUCUCUCCAAAAGUUCCAUAGCAAUUAUAUUUAUUUGAUAAGAGAUUGGAAAUCUAAUCGACCUCUCUAAAGUUUACUCUACAAUAGACGCAAAUUGCGUGACGCUAAGUCACAACGCAAGAAAUCGACCAAUCGCAGUCAAAUGUGAGAAGAAUGUUAAUGGCCGAGUUUUUGCGUUGCGGCUUAACGUCUUGCGUUUUUGCGUCCAUUGUAGAAUAAGCUUGAAACAACAGUCGAAAGUAAAAUAGAUUAGAUUUAAAAUAUUCCAGAGAUAUAGAUAGAAGGCCUAAUCGAAUAUUUUAAAGCAAUGUAGGCUUUUCUUUUGUAUGUAUUGUAUAUAUAUAUUUACUCUGUGGAUAAGAUUUAUUUUACUUUUGAUAAUACGAGUGUUAAAAAAGUUUGAUAGCUAAAGAUUGUACAUUAGUUAUGAAAUCUUUACAGUAAUAGUGAAACUACACGUUCAGCAUGCAUCAUCACUGAUUCAUAGGUAUGAUUCAUAGCUUGAAAUUGCUCUCGAGUUAAAGAAUACCGCUCGAUAAUUUUGCCCGAGUAAAAAGUUGCUUUACUUUUUUUAACGCAAAGAAUCGCACCGUGCAUACCGUGAGCGCGAAACUCGGAGAAAAAAUUAUGUAUUAUAACUCAUUCAUUUGUAAAUAAAAGCAACAUUUUCUGGGUG